AAUAUAGUGAAAAGAUUGUAACACAUCAUUACAUUUCAUUCACUCUCAAUAACGACAAAAAGUGAAAUUAAGCCUCUAAUAAUCUUCAAUUAUGCAUACAUACAUACAAGUAUAAUUUAACUAUCCCAUAAUUUUCUAUAUCUUCGAGAGAGAGAAAAAUAGGGUGCUAUGUGGUCCAUAUUAGUGUGAUGAUAAUGGAUGUCAAUCAAUUCAAUUCAUACACCACAUCUAUUUCCACCCCCACCCCAAUUAUUCCAUAACAUAAAGGCAUAGCUUACUCUACACUUAACUCAAACUUCUAACAACCCACAACUAUAUUCCUCUUCCCAAGAAUUCCAACACCUAAAAUUCUUCCCUAGCUCUUUCUCCUUGUUUUUGCCUCUAUUAGUUAUUCAUGCAUGUAAUAAUAUUGAUUCCCCUAAAAAACUACACCUCCUUUGUUCUAAACACUUUUAUUACCACCUUUUUAGCAUCAAAAUUAUGAAGGGUUUAAACAUAAACAUAUCAUCUUGUACUUCACAAGAAUCAAUAGCUAUAAUCUCUUCCAACAUGGAAGUAAUACUACCAUCCUCGUCCUCCUCCUCCUCCUCCUCCUCCUCGUCGUUCACCCCUGGAAGCCGAGCAAUCGAUCGACACAACCCUAUCAUCACGGACGAAAGAAGAAGUGGAAUUAGUAGUACUAACGGUUCGUGUGCUAGUACUCCCAUUGGAACCCCUUGCACUAACCAUGUUCUACAAAGAAAACCUCCUACACCAAUUAGCCCAAAACCUCAUCAAAGUCAUACCCCACAAAAAAAGGGUAACAAACUUCCUACAUUAACUAAAAAAAAGACUAGUAAGAAAAAUGUUACUAAUGCUACAAAACCAACAGUUUGUAGUAGUAGUAAUAUUAUUAUUGAUGAUGAUGAUGUUCAUAAUAAGAGUGGUAGAAGGAGCUUCUCUAAGCCGUCUGAUCUUAUCUUGAAGGCGGCGGCGUGCGCCAACACUAAGCCUGGUGUAGAUUAUAUUAGCCCUCCUGAAUCAUCUAGGUAUCUUUUGGAUGACACUUCUUUUCUUGAAGUGUUAUCUGAUUUUGACCCGGUUUUGAAGCUUAAGCCUUAUGAUACUUGCAACCAUAACAACGUCGAGGUUGUUAAGUCAGAGGCCGGUUCUAAACCUCCUAAACCGCCUUCCUCAACCGGAUUAUCGGACCAGGUGGUGGUUCUGAGGGUGUCAUUACACUGCAGAGGUUGUGAGAGAAAAAUGAAAAAGCAUCUCUCUAGAAUGCCAGGUGUGACAUCUUUCAACAUAGAUUUCGCAGCAAAGAAGGUGACGGUGGUAGGAGAUGUGACACCAUUAGGAGUUUUGACCAGCAUUUCCAAAGUCAAGAAUGCUAAAUUGUGGACACCCGCAACUACAAUCUCAUCAUCCUCUUCUCAACUCAACUCAAGAAACAUGCAACUUUAUAAUAUAAAAUAAUAGUCGUAUGAUAUAAUGUUUGUUUAUUACUGUUUUGUACAUGCACUGAAUUAAACUCAUAGCAUGUAUGUUAAUUAGAUGUUGAUGUGUUCUUGUUAUCUUGUUUAGUUAUUAGAAAUUUAGAAGUGAACAAGUUUGCAGAACACAAUAAGUUUGAUUUUCUUCAAGUCUACUACUUAUGUGAGUAUGUAGUUAAUAAUUGCUUAAUCUAUCCAUUUACUUAGCUUCGA